CAACGGUCCAAUUUCACAUGCGCGCCGCUAAGAAAAAUACACCAAUUAAAAUAAACAAAGUCCUAACAGGACAGCAACGUGGGGUGACACUACGAGGACAAGUUUUCCCACAACAAAUUUCAAACUUAAAUAUGAGUUUUGAGUGGAGUGAAGUUACUAGCACUUUACACUAGGGAGAAACAUUGAAGCCAUCACUGAAAUCAAGCAAAUGGGGAAUUGCUCAAUGAAGGGUACCACUGGAGAAUGUCACCACUCUAUUCGUGUUAUGUGUGACAGUGGUGCCAUUUUGCAGUUAAAAGCUCCUAAAACAGUGGCUCAAGUGCUUCAACACUACCCGGGUUAUGGUAUUUUCCGCCAGGGUCAUGCUUCAGCACCUUUGCCAGAGCAAGAGAGUUUAAGCUAUGAUCUUUUCUAUUAUCUUCUCCCUUUGAAGGAGGUUCAAGUGGAGCACCAAAAAAGUUGCUGCGACAAAGUCCAACAAGUGGUUCAAAGAUCAGAGGAAAUGUGCAAAUCUGCAGCAUGUGAUUAUGUUGAGAAUUUGUCAAAUGGGUCAGCGCUUGAAGUGCUGCCAACAGCUAAGAAUGGGGUGUGGAGAGUGAAGUUGUUGAUUGACCCGAGACAACUUGAGGAAAUUUUGUCUGAGCAGGUGAAUACUGAAGCGCUGAUUGAGAAGAUGAGGAUGGCUGCAACUUCAUGUUCUACUACCAGUCCUUCUCCUUCAAGGAGCCCAAGCCCAACUACGAGUUCUAAGAAAGUGGGGUGGAAGACAACACUCUUCAAUGGGAAAAUUGCUAAAGACACUAUCCCUGUCCCUGCCCCUGCAGGUUCUAAUUUGUACCUGGGUUCUUGUUAGGGAAAGCUUUUCUAUUUUGUAUUUGUAUAAUCUAUAUAUGCAGAAAAGCAUUUAGUAUGCUAGCUAAGUUUUCUCUAACAAAUAUUAGGUCUAUAUAUGAUGUAUUUGGACUACCUGUCCAAAUAUUAAUGAUGUGAUAUGGAUGUAAUGUAAGGAUUAUUAAACAUUUUUCAGUUGUGAAUGUUGGAGUGAAAAAGUCUGAGCUUUCAUCUUUAUAAAAGGCAUAGUUGUGUUUGAA